UGGUGUGUGAGAUCAUAUCGGCUGUAGCUGGUUCAGAACUCUCUCGUGUAGUACGAGAUUUCACGUGAAGUUAUUUUCAGGCUUAAAAUUUUUACUCCCGGUUAUAUCUUAAACGAUGUGAUAUAGAUGUAAUGUCAAUUAUUUUGGUUUCAGAUUUAGAUUUAGUAUUCAAAUUAUAGGUGAUUCGAAUGUUAUUGAAAAAAGUGGUGAUAAAGGAACAUAUAGUUGAGGGGCAGUGUCGGCACGGUGUUAUUGAGUUUUGUGUUCAGUCGUAUUUAUAUAGCCUGGGUGUAAUGUAUCAUUCAUACAAUUUUCAGUUCGCGGAAAUGUUUUAACCUGUAGUUGUGUAUACUGAUUUCUAUGUGCUUUUAACUGUUGUAAAUUAGAACUUAGGAGUGUGUACGAAGAAAAAAUGUUGAAAACUAAACUACUUAUGGCAUUUUGCUGUUCUACCAGAGAAAAAUAUCACAACUAAAUAUUUAAUGCUGUUAAUUAUUGCAUUAUAUCAUUACUGCAAUGCCUGGACUCUUUGCUUUACUUCUUUCAAACUUAGUUUGUGGUUAUGAGUUUUUAUUGUAUUUAUAAUGUAAUGUCCUUUAACUUAAUCAAGUGGUUUGGUAUCAUAUUUCGAGUUUUGUUUGGAAGGUAUAUCACCUUUCAGCAAAUGAUUUUAUGUGUGAAUACAAACUAUGAAAAUAAUAAGGUUAUUAAUUGAAUUUAAUAAACUUAGUUAUACUUUUGUGUUUUUGUUUACUUUGAAUUUGGACUAGUUCUUCAUAUGAAAUGAUAGUGCUUAUUCAUUGUUAAAAGCUUUAUUAAAAUAAAAUACGAUGUCGGCAACUUUCGUAGACCGAAUUGAUCCUUUUGCGAAACGUUCAUUGAAAAAGAAGAAGAAGUCCCAAGGUUCAUCUAGAUAUAGAAAUAAUGCAGAUGUUGAAUUACAAUCUCUUCCAUUGUUAUCAGAUGUGUCAUCUUCUGAACAAGAAGAGUUGUUCAUUCGAAAGCUCAGGCAAUGCUGUAUUGCUUUUGAUUUUAUGGAUCCUAUGGCUGAUAUUAAGGGGAAAGAAACAAAAAGAGCAACUUUAAAUGAAUUAGUCGAGUAUGUGUCUACUGGAAGGGGUGUACUCACAGAACCAGUAUACCCUGAAAUAUUAAAAAUGAUUUCUGCUAAUCUAUUUCGGACUUUGCCGCCUAGUGAAAAUCCUGACUUUGAUCCUGAAGAAGAUGACCCAACUUUAGAAGCAUCAUGGCCACACUUAACGCUAGUAUACGAAAUAUUCUUGAGGUUUCUGGAAUCAUCUGAUUUUCAACCAUCAAUAGGAAAGAAAGUUAUCGAUCAAAAAUUUGUUCUUCAGCUUUUGGAACUGUUUGAUAGUGAAGAUCCUAGAGAAAGAGAUUUUCUGAAAACAGUUCUACAUCGUAUUUAUGGGAAAUUUCUAGGUCUCAGAGCUUUCAUUAGGAAACAGAUUAAUAAUAUAUUUCUCAGGUUUGUUUAUGAAACUGAGCAUUUUAAUGGAGUAGGCGAAUUACUUGAAAUUUUAGGGAGUAUUAUUAAUGGUUUUGCUCUACCACUUAAGGCUGAACACAAACAGUUUCUGGUAAAAGUUUUAAUACCUCUUCAUAAAGUGAAAUGUUUGUCACUUUACCAUGCCCAACUGGCUUACUGUGUUGUUCAGUUUCUUGAAAAAGAUGCAACCCUUACUGAACCAGUUGUUCGAGGUUUAUUGAAAUACUGGCCCAAAACCUGUAGUCAGAAAGAGGUUAUGUUCUUGGGAGAAAUAGAAGAAAUUCUGGACGUCAUUGAGCCGUCUCAGUUCGUGAAAGUGCAGGAGGUGCUAUUUAGACAAAUAGCUAAGUGUGUAUCCAGCCCACAUUUUCAGGUCGCCGAGAGGGCUCUUUAUUUCUGGAACAAUGAGUAUAUUAUGUCCUUAAUGGAAGAAAACAACCAUGUUAUCAUGCCUAUCAUGUUCCCUGCAUUGUAUAGAAUAAGUAAAGAACAUUGGAAUCAAACCAUUAUUGCACUGGUUUAUAAUGUUCUUAAAACUUUCAUGGAAAUGAAUAGCAAACUUUUUGAUGAAUUAACCUCUUCUUAUAAGGCUGACAGACAAAAGGAGAAGAAGCGUGAAAAAGAAAGAGAUGAGCUUUGGAAAAAACUGAUGGAUAUAGAAAAUACAUGCAAAAAACGUGAAAUGUUUAAAAAAUGAUAAAUACAUAGAUGGUGUCAUUUCUUAUAUAAUUGGCUGUCAAUCUUUUUGAUCAGCUUAGCGAUGGAUUCGUGCCAUCUAACAUUAAAUAUUCUAAAUUUGAAAUCAUUAUUUUCGGUAAUAAAAUAGUGUUACAUUUUUAUAAUUAAAAAUAUUGUUGUUAAUGAAAUAAUAGCAUUUAUUAUCAUUUCGUGUUAAUUUAAAAAAGGAAAUAUGUUCCAGUAAACAAGUGACACCUGGUUUUUAGUUUCUUAAGAAUUUAAUGUCCUGAUGUGCUCCAGUGUAAGAGGAGUAAGUAGGGCAAGGAGGACCAAUAGGUUUGUUCUUAUGUACUUACUUGAGCUGGUAUAAUAUCUUAACUAUACUCUUGUUUGCUGAGCCCUCUUAAUAAAAGAUUGAUGCAAACCUUAUGAUAAUAUAUUCUAAUUGGGCUAAGUUUCAUUUCAAGAAAAUGUUUCAUUUUUUUGUAUUAAAGUAGAAUUGAAUCCUAUCCAAAAUUAACCAGCUUAUUGCAUCCAUACUGUUAAUGUAAAUAUGAUAGCAUAAAUUUGUAUGUGUUAUGUUUUAAUCAAAUAAAAAUUAUUGUUAGCUAUAAUAAGAAAUUCUGUUGUUUUUCUUCUUGCUCUUCUCAGAGUUUACCCUAUUUGAAACAAUUAUCCACAAAUAUUAUAAAUAAGUACAUUGGGAAAAAAUUUAAAUGAAAAUCUGUUUUCACAAAUCAGGGCCAGAAAUUUGUUCAAAGCUUCUUUUAACUGCUGAAAUUAAAAAAAGAAGUUUUUUUUUUUUUUAAAAUAAGAAAGAAGUUGUUACUAGUUUUGUUUUUUUGUAUAUAAUAUUUAAAAUUAUUCCCUCCAUAAAGUAUAUCUUUAUGAUAGGUGUGUAUGCUAUCAUAUGCCUUAAAACAGAAUUCUGUGUGGUUUGUUACCAGAUAAUAGAAUUUAACUACUUGAAUUACUGUGGUUAUUAUUAUUUAAUAAUAAUAUUAAUCUUGAUAUUGAUCCUUUGAUUUAAUCUUGUUCUGUUAAAUCUUCAAUUUUCAGAAAUGUAAAAUCAUUACUCCCAUUGUUACUAAUUAAGUGUGAAUAUAUUGAAAGGGCAUCGAUGAUUGAAUACAAUUUUGGAUAAUUAAACUCAAAUACCAAUUUUUUUUUUUUUUAUUCUUUGAAUAACAAACAAUUAAUAUUAAAUGCAUACACCAAAAGCACUUAAAUCAAUCUACUUUUAUUUAAUGUGCAAUUUUUAAUGAUACAAUCAACAGGUUUGAAAUUAAGUAGAGUUUUUUCACAUUUGUUUAAUAUUUUAUAUUUUGAAUAUUCUUUACAUUGUAACUAGUAACAUUAAAAAAAAUAUUUGUGAUUAGUCAAGUCAAAAUAUUACAAUAAAUUGGGAUAUUACAUUACUGAUACUGACUGGAUUGUAAUUAUUAUCAUUUUAGCCUAAAGUUUCUUAAAAGAGCAUGAGUCUGAGACCCAUAUGAUUUUAGCAAAUUUCACAAUAUUUACGCUUGUUUAUUGUCGUAAUGAGAACCACUUACCAAGUCCUUUUAUAGCCAGAUUUUUAGUGUUGAGAGAGAAUGUUUUAAGAUAAAACUGAAAAGAAAAAAAAAUUGACUGAUGCCUUUUUAACUAAUUCGCAUUCAAUUGUAAUAAAAAUUUACUGUUUCAUCCAGUUAUAAUUUAUAAGAAUAGUAAUACCUGCUACUUUGAAACUUAAAUGUUCAAUUACUGUUCAUACAUCAAUCAUGUUUUAGAUGUUGAAUACUAUUUGUUUAUCUUUCAUCUAAGGAAACAGCUUAACUGUGUAUAUAGUAAAUUAUUGGAAAAAGUAUUUCCUAAAUACGUGUUAGUUUGUAGUAAUUUUUUUCUUUUCAUUUCUUCUUUUUUUUUUUACUACUUGACUUUUUUAAGGUAUAGUUUGUUGAAUAAGUAUACAUCUGUAAAAUUUUAUGCUUACAAAAUGUAUAAUUGAAUAUUUUCAUGUAAAUAUAGAGACCAGUAAAUGAUAACUAGAACAAAAUUUCUGCAAUCUGAUUAUGAUUUAUUUAUUUCUUUUUAUUACCUCUGUAACAAAAGAAUUAAUUUUGUAAAUAAAAUAAAGGCAUACAUACAUUAGUUCAUUUGUUGGUUGGGGUAAGGCUAGUGGCUCCUAUAUAUAUAUAUAUUUAUACAUAUAUAUAUAUAUAUAUAGUAUAUA